AAUUAUUUUAUUCAAAACAACACAAGUUAAUGUUUUUUCUUUCUUCUUUUUAAGAUUCUGUUUGUCUUUCCACUAUUCAAUAUUAGAAAAGAAAAACCAGAUAAGUUCAUCAAAAUCAUGAGGAUAGAAGCAAAUUUAAUCUUAUUUUUCUGGGCUUUCUCUAUUUUUUCUUGUUUGUGUUUUUCAGUAUCUUCAGUCAAUUUUGGUUAUAGAUUUCAUUCUUCAGCCAUUAAAGCAGAGCAAGUAAAGCUUCCUAGAAAAAGUAGCGGUACUAAUAAGCUUUACAAAACAAAAUAUUUCACCCAAAUCCUUGAUCAUUUCAACUUCAAUCCCAAAAGUUACCAAAAAUUUCAACAUAGAUAUCUAAUCAAUGACACUUAUUGGGGUGGCCCAAAGAAAAAUUCCCCAAUCUUUGUUUAUACUGGAAAUGAAGGAGAUAUUGAAUGGUUUGCUCAAAAUACUGGAUUCAUGUUCGACAUUGCACCACAUUUUCAAGCUCUUCUUGUUUUCAUUGAGCAUCGAUUUUAUGGAAAAUCGAUUCCGUUCGGCGGUGAUAAAGAUGUUGCUUACAGUAAUGCUAGUACACUUGGAUAUUUGACAUCGACGCAGGCUUUGGCGGAUUACGCCACUUUAAUAAUUGAUCUGAAGAAGAACUUGACGGCGGUUGAUGCCCCCGUGGUGGUUUUCGGCGGUUCAUACGGUGGAAUGCUGGCAAGUUGGUUUAGAUUGAAAUAUCCGCAUGUCGCCAUUGGAGCUCUGGCAUCCUCUGCUCCAAUCCUCAACUUUGAGAACAUAACAUCCCCAUAUAGCUUCAACAACAUCAUUACUCAAGAUUUCAGGAGUGAAAGCGAAAAUUGUUACAAAGUGAUAAAGGGAUCGUGGAAAAAGAUCGAAGACACUGGCAAACAAUCUGGGGGACUUGAGCUACUCCGAAAAUCAUUUCGAAUUUGCAAAAAUUUUAUUGAUGUAGACGUUUUGGAGAGUUGGCUUGAAACAGCAUUCGCUUACACUGCCAUGACAGAUUAUCCAACUCCCUCAAACUUUUUAAAUCCAAUGCCAGCUUAUCCAGUUAAACAGAUGUGUAAAGCGAUCGAUGAUCCGAAGUCAGGGAAUGAUACAUUUGCGAAGUUGUACGGUGCAGCUAGUGUCUACUAUAACUACUCUGGAACUGCCACGUGUUUCAAUCUGGCUUAUUCUCCUGAUCCUCACGGCCUCGAUAUGUGGAGCUGGCAGGCAUGUACUGAAAUGAUUAUGCCAACAAGUGGAAGCAAUAAGGAAAGCAUAUUUCCGGAGAAUCAAUGGAACUAUUCUCGGAGAGCGGCUGCCUGCAAAGCCUUCUAUGGUGUUCACCCCAGACCCAACUGGAUUACUACGGAGUUCGGCGGUCAUGAUAUUUACAGGGUGUUGAAGAGGUAUGGAAGCAAUAUGAUCUUCUUUAAUGGCUUAAGAGAUCCCUGGAGCGGUGGAGGGGUUUUGAAGAACAUAUCCAAAACCAUUGUAGCAAUCGUUGCUGAACAAGGGGCUCACCAUGUGGAUCUAAGAUUUGCAACUAAAGACGAUCCGAAAUGGCUUCGAGAUGUACGGCAAAUGGAAAUCAACAUCAUCUCCGACUGGAUUUCUCAAUAUUAUCAUGACCUUGCACAUCAAUCUUAACAGGGAUAAGGCUUCACUCUUGUUCUUUUUUUUAAAAGGAAAACUAUUUAACAUUGUAUAGCCAAAUUAGCAAUCAAUCUGCCUCUUAAUUCUUAAACGAAUAAUUGAGAAAAUAAAAAUAAUUGAAAACCACAUGUAGGCUAAAAUGGCAAAAUUGAAGUCUUGGGACCUAAAGCUAUGUGAUUAUUUGCUUCGAUGCU